UAGGUAACUCCUGGGCCCAUUUUUUCCCGAACUUUUCGGUCUUCACACUCGCAUCCGCCGCUGCUGCCUCCAAAGUCUUUGCCCCUGGCCGUACCGAGCCAACUGAAGAGCGCCUGAAGCUUCCUUUAUCGCGCCGACUGCAUCUUCCUCCAACAGCUCCUCGCCUCCUCCCUUCGUGGCAGAAUGAAAGGGGCAGUUCAAGCUUUUUUGUUGCAUGGGAAUACUGUAAAAAAUGCUGUGUUGCAACGCAUUCGGGUGGUCAAUCCAGUUAAGCGACCCAUUAUAUUUUCCCGCUUUGAAUCAGUUUCAUCUGCUCGUAUGGAAGAGCACGGCUUUGAGAGCACCACUAUUGCAGACAUCUUGAAAGCAAAAGGUAAAGGUGCAGAUGGCUCCUGGCUUUGGUGCACUACAGAUGACACUGUGUACAAUGCUGUGAAGUCGAUGACUCAACACAAUGUCGGUGCCCUGGUGGUUGUAAAACCUGGAGAGCAGGAAUCAAUUGCGGGUAUUAUCACUGAGAGAGAUUAUCUUAGGAAAAUAAUAGUACAGGGAAGAUCAUCCAAGUCAACUAAGGUUGGGGACAUCAUGACUGAAGAGAACAAGCUCAUUACUGUCACACCUGAGACCAAAGUUCUGCGAGCAAUGCAAUUGAUGACAGUAUUUUGGCAGAUAACCGAAUCCGACACAUUCCAGUGAUUGAUGAGAAGGGAAUGGUCGGCAUGGUUUCCAUUGGAGAUGUUGUUCGUGCUGUGGUGAUUGAGCACCGUGAGGAGUUGGACCGUCUGAAUGCUUACAUUCAGGGAGGUUACUAGAUGAUGAUGAAAUCUUGUGUGUUUUACCUGUUAUCUUGCAUACUUGUUGGACAUAAGUAAGCGGAGAGCUUGUAAAUACUGUGUGUUUUCUGCAUCCUCUGUCGCGUGGCUUUUUCUUUCCCACAUGUCGAUAUGCAACGAUAUGAAAUAAUUUCAUGUGGACUAACAGUUUACCAAUAAACAUUAUCGUCUUGCUCGGUAUUUUUUA